AUGGCCAUGUGGCCGCCUAGAGUGGUGACUCCAGCACCGAUGAACAAAGAGUUGGCAAGACUUACAGCGAUCCCACUGUCUCUAGAGAUUGAGAGCACACCACUCCCUACCGAAUUCCACCAACCUAAGUUCACGCUAUACGACGGCAAGACGGAUCCGUACAUGUACGUUAGUCAUUACCAACAAGUAAUGGCUGGCCACUGGCGCAACGACACCCUGAUGUGUCUUAUAUUCCAAGCAAGUUUGGGAGAACUAGGCUUGAAAUGGUUCGAAAGGCUCUCGGAGGGGAGUAUCGAGGGGUGGCAACAGCUAGUGGAGGCCUUUGUCACUAGGUUCAAAACUAACACUAGAACACCUAAAAAGGUCGAUCACCUCUUGGGUAUCAAGAUGGAAUCGGGUAGUUCUUUAAAGGCGUACAACGCCAAGUAUUGGGAGACUGACAACGAGAUUCUAGAUUGCCCCACUAAUCUGGCGAUCGCCCAAUACAAGCGAGGCUUGCCAGUCGGACAUAGACUGUGA